AACAGGUACAGACAGGAGGAGGCCAUUAAUAUCAAACGGACGUAACGGAGGGUGUUGCUGUGGCUGCAGAGUGAUGGACGUGUCGAAGCGCGUGUCGUCGUGGUCGGUGGAAGAAGUGUUGGAGUGGGUGCAGGAUCAGUUCCCGGACCACAUGGGCACGCUGCAGAAAGCCAUAAUCAAACACGCUAUAUCAGGCCGGGCGCUGCUCAGACUGAAGGAGCAUCACCUGGAGCUGCUGGGGGUCGAGGCUGAGGAGCAGCAGCAGGAAAUCUUGCAGGAGCUCCUUCUCCUCAGAGUUCAAGAGGAAAUCGAUGAACUCAAUGAUAUCUGCUCUGAGUGUUUUGAUCAAUAGCGAGGAAUAAAUAUCUUCGGGAGAAACGCGUUUUAAUUUUUUAUUUUCCAUCCAUUCAUUCAUCCAUGUGAAGAAGGGAGAGACACGGGAGUGAUGGAAGCAACAAGACAAGGUGAAAGAGAGAGAAGAAUCAAUGAGGAAUGAAGAGAGAAAGAAACCCAUUUCCUCUGUGAAAUCCGACCUGUGCAGAUGGAUGAGAUUAGUUUUUGUCUGAGCGUCUUUUUCUGAGCCCUGCUGUCCAUUAGUCUCUGUCUUCUGUCUUUCUCUACAGACGCCGUGCAUCCUUUCAUAGUAUCAUGGAAUAAUUUUAGCCACGUUAAACCACUUUGGUCGAGACUGAAUAUAGACGUUCAUGAUCCCCAGAGGAUGAAUCCUAUUGACAUUUCUUCUGACGCAAUCAUUAAGUUUGCAUUUGCGGUUUUAAGUACAAUGUCUUAACAACUAUUGGAUGGACUGAAAAGAAGUUUGUUACAGACAUUCACGUCCACCUCAUGAUGAACUGUAACCCGUAAAUAUUUCCCAUAAAAAUCAGCAAGUCAAAAAUGGAAAAUUCUCCAAUACUUUGAUUUAUCACAUCUGCAAAACUAGGCUCAGCUGCAUUAUUAAAUGCCAUUAUGUUAAUAUACUAACAGGUUAAAUUAGAUCCAUCGAGCCUGUGUUUGCUGACAUAAACGCACCUGGCGUCAUGGCAACAUGGCAGCACACACAGUGAACCGUAAGCAGAAUUAAAUCUUUUUGUUUUAUGUAGUGUUUGUGUUGCUGUUACAACAUUGUAUCUGGCAUUAUCCAAUCCAAUUAUUUGUACUUUAUAGUUUAAAGUUUUGUGAGCAUGUGAUACUUCACCUCCUCUU